AUCAAACACCCGCUGCUUCACUUUAUUCACCACGCAUUACCAGCUCAUCGCCACUGGAGUCACCUUUCUUCUCCGCCGCGCAUGGUGUAGUUCAAACACAUCCCGCGCUGGGCAACAGCAAUUCGUUACCGUUAAAUGGCAAUAGUUUGGGUAGUGGUGGUGUGUCGAGUACGCUCAGCGUUGGCAGUGGUUACCUGAAUUCUCGUGGCAAUUUGCCAAAAUUCAAUACACAACGCUACCCACAAAUUGCGAAUACCGUAGUCGAUCCGAAUCCACAGUCGCCAUUCCGUCAUUUAGAUUUCUCCACCAGUGCCACCGCCGAACUGAGGCGUAAUCCAACAUUAUCGGCGCCAGAUGAGUGUGCGCGCGCCUGCCGUGAAGGUGAACCGCCACGUAUUUGCUACUAUCACUUCACCAUGGAAUACUACACCGUACUGGGCGCCGCUUGCCAAGUAUGCACGCCAAAUGCCACCAACACCGUCUGGAGUCAUUGUCAAUGUGUUCUUGCUGAUGGUGUCGAACGUGGUAUACUCACGGUGAAUCGUAUGAUACCCGGGCCCAGUAUACAGGUGUGCGAAAAUGACAAAGUCGUUAUCGAUGUAGAAAAUCACAUGGAAGGUAUGGAGACAACAAUUCAUUGGCACGGCAUUUGGCAGCGUGGCUCACAAUAUUAUGAUGGUGUGCCAUUCGUAACACAGUGUCCCAUACAGCAGGGCAACACUUUCAGAUAUCAGUGGACCGGCAAUGCAGGCACACACUUCUGGCAUUCUCAUCACGGUCUACAGAAAUUAGAUGGUAUUUACGGCAGCAUAGUUGUACGUCAGCCGCCGUCGCGUGAUCCCAACUCACAUAUGUAUGAUUUCGAUUUGACUACACACAUUAUGCUGAUUAGCGAUUGGUUGCAUGAGGAUGCCGCAGAACGUUAUCCCGGACGCUUGGCCGUGAAUACUGGUCAAGAUCCCGAAUCGGUGCUAAUCAACGGCAAGGGUCAAUUCCGUGAUCCCAAUACUGGUUUCAUGACAAAUACGCCAUUGGAAAUUUUCACAAUCACACCAGGACGUCGCUAUCGUUUCCGUAUGAUUAAUGCCUUCGCAUCCGUUUGUCCAGCGCAGGUGACAAUUGAGGGUCACACAAUGACGGUAAUUGCUACCGAUGGUGAACCAGUGCAACCGGUUGAUGUGAAUACGAUCAUAUCGUUCUCAGGUGAACGCUAUGACUUCAUUAUCAAUGCCAAUCAACCUGUCGGCGCUUACUGGAUACAGGUGCGCGGUUUGGGUGAAUGUGGCAUUCGUCGCGCUCAACAGUUGGGUAUUUUGCGUUAUGCGCGCGGCCCCUAUCAACCAGCAUCGGCUCCACCAACCUACGAUGUCGGCAUACCACAGGGUGUGGUCAUGAACCCUCUGGACGCCCAAUGUAAUACACCGAGAAACGAUGCUAUCUGCGUGAGUCAGCUGAAGAGUGCGCUGGAUGUACAUCGCGACAUUUUAACACAAACGCCCGAUGUGAAGAUCUUCUUGCCCUUCCGCUUCUACGUUUACCGUCCGGAAGAGCUGUUCCAGCCAAACACCUACAAUCGUUAUUUGGUUGCGCCCACUGGUGAUCAUGUCAUCUCUCUGGUCGACGAGAUCUCGUACUUGUCUCCACCGGCGCCACUUACCUCGCAAUUCCAUGAAAUCAAUCCCGAACAAUUCUGUAACGGUGAUAAUCGUCCCGCUAAUUGUGGUCCAAAUUGCAUGUGUACCCACAAAAUCGAUAUACCGCUGAAUGCAAUUGUGGAAAUUGUGCUAGUUGAUGAAGUUCAACAGCCUAACUUGUCACAUCCCUUCCAUUUGCACGGCUACAGCUACAGCGUUAUCGGUAUAGGUCGCUCACCCGACACCAGCGUCAAGAAAAUUAACUUGAAGCACGCCUUGGACUUGGAUCGACGCGGUCUGUUGCACCGUCAAUAUGAUUUGCCACCACAAAAGGAUACACUGCCAGUGCCAAAUAAUGGUUACGUGGUGUUACGUUUCAAAGCGGAUAAUCCCGGUUUCUGGUUCUUCCAUUGUCACUUCCUCUUCCACAUAACGAUCGGUAUGAAUCUGAUAUUGCAAGUUGGCACAAAUGCCGACUUACCACCAGUGCCACCAGGUUUCCCAACGUGCGGUGAUCACAAGGCGCCCAUACCGAUUAAUUAACUAUAAUACAACCUAAAAGGUGCCAAAUUCUUUCUAGACUUCUUCUAGUAUAUAGAAAGUGAAAAAUAUAUAGUAAAAAAAUUUCUUAAUAUAAACAAGCCACAAAAGAUGAUAAAAUGUGUUCUGUAAAAAAAAAAAGAAGCACCUCGACAAGUGAAGUGCAAAAAGCACAGCCUUAAAAGGAAUGAUGAAAAACAAAUAGACCGAACAUGGAAAGUUAAUUUUAUCAAAACAUCAUCGUUAAAAAAAUAGUGCUUAAAACGAGGAAACAGUCUUUUAAGAAUG